CAUGCACUAGCUCAUAUGAUUAAUUUUAAAAAAAUGAGUGAAAAAAGAGUAGAAAAAAUGGAAAAUACUAUAGUAUGUGAGAGUAAGAUAAAAAAUAGUGAUGAUGAUGAAGAAAAUGAUUUGUUGCUUCCUGGUUUUCGAUUUCAUCCAACAGAUGAAGAGCUUGUAGGGUUUUAUCUUAAACGCAAAGUGGAAAAUAAAAGAAUCAAACUUGAUCUUAUCAAAGAGGUUGAUAUUUAUAAACAUGAUCCUUGGGAUCUUCCAAAAGUGAUGGGCAGAGUAGGUGAUAAUAAGGAAUGGUAUUUCUUCAGCAUGAGAGGAAGAAAGUACAAAAACAGUGUAAGACCAAAUAGAGUAACAGGAUCUGGUUUUUGGAAAGCAACAGGAAUUGAUAAGCCUGUUCAUUCACAAAGCAAUGAGCUGUGCAUUGGCCUCAAAAAAUCAUUAGUAUAUUAUAGGGGAAGUGCUGGAAAAGGUACUAAAACUGAUUGGAUGAUGCAUGAGUUUCGUCUACCGCCUAUUUGGAAGACGAAUACUUCAAAUGGACAACACCUCCCGAAUCUCAAGAACAUUGCUGCUGAAGCUGAAGUUUGGACUCUCUGCAGAAUAUUCAAAAGGAUUUCCAAUUACAAAAGAUUCACACCAGAUUGGAAGCAGCAGCAGCCAGUUGUUAAACAAAGUUUCGUUGACACAAGUUCUAAGGCAUGCAGUGUUCAAUCCGAAAUCAGUGAUGAUCAAUCCAAUAAUGUCAUCAAUUUCAAAAAGAUGGCAUUUCCACAAAAGAGCAUUAUGAAUGCAUCAUGUGGAGGAAAUUUAAACUAUCAAGUUGAUCAAAGAAACAGUUACUACAAUAAUAGCCAACUAAUUACGACCAUGCCUGAUCAAUCGCCAUUCACAUCAUCAAAUUCAAUCUUUUGGAACACACGUGCUGAAGAUCAGGAGUAUUUGUUUAGUCAUGGAAACUGGGAUGAGCUCAAAUCUGUCGUUGAUUUAGCCAUUGAUCCUCGUAGUCUCUUUGGAUUUAAAUAAGCUGGCCUGGAAGCAAAAAAGACUUGUGACUUGUCUUUAUAGGAGCACUCUUGGUAUACAUAUACGUGUUGAAUCAGUGACGAAUCCAAAAUUUAAAGUCAGCAGGUUCUGUUCUUAAUCCGUUAAUCGUAUCUGUGUUAUUCCUCCCCACACAUAUUCAUAAUCAGAGCUAGACGCGUGCAGCAGAUUCUGAAUCAGUUGUUGGGAUUGAAGUUAACACAGUGUGAUAUGCUUUCUACAUUUUUUGUUUAUUAGGACUUGCAUACAUCUUGUAAAUUACUAAUUUCCUAGAGUACUUUCUUGUACUGAAUUUCAUAGAAUACUUUUUUGUUCAGAGUACAUUACAGUAAGAGAUGGUUUUAUGAGGGAACAAAUAUUAGGUUCA